AGUUGUGAAGUACCUGAGGAUGGAUAAAGAUUUCCGCUACUACUUCCAGCACCCAUGGUCUCGCUUAGUUGUGGCUUACUUAGUGAUCUUCUUUAACUUCUUAAUAUUUGCUGAAGAUCCAGUAUCACACAGUCAGACGGAAGCCAAUGUUAUUGUUGUUGGUAAUUGUUUCUCAUUUGUAACAAAUAAAUACCCUGAAGGAGGAGGCUGGAGAUUUCUGAAGGUGCUUCUAUGGUUGCUCGCCAUUUUCACGGGACUGAUAGCUGGGAAAUUUCUGUUCCAUCAGCGUCUAUUUGGUCAAUUGCUCCGUCUGAAAAUGUUUCGAGAGGACCAUGGAUCUUGGAUGACAAUGUUCUUCAGUACCAUCCUCUUCCUCUUCAUUUUUUCUCACAUUUAUAAUCUGUGCCUGAUUAUGGCAGGGAAUAUGAGCGCAUACAUAAUAACAGACUUCAUGGGCAUCAGGAAUGAAAAUUUUAUGAAGGUAGCUGCAGUGGGAACCUGGAUGGGAGAUUUUGUCACAGCAUGGAUGGUCACUGAUAUGAUGCUUCAGGACAAACCCUACCCAGACUGGGGAAAGUCUGCCAGAGCUUUCUGGAAGAAAGGAAACGUCAGGAUCAUUUUAUUUUGGACGGUUCUAUUUACCCUGACUUCUGUAGUUGUGCUUGUCAUCACAACUGACUGGAUCAGCUGGGACAAGUUGAAUCGUGGAUUUCUGCCAAGUGAUGAGGUCUCAAGAGCCUUCUUGGCUUCUUUCAUCCUAGUGUUUGACCUUCUCAUUGUCAUGCAGGACUGGGAGUUUCCACACUUUAUGGGUGAUGUUGAAGUGAAUCUCCCGGGUUUGCCAUCUGCACAUAUGCAAUUGAAAGUACCUUACUUCCAAAAAAUCUUCAAAGAAGAGUAUCACAUACAUAUCACUGGCAAAUGGUUUAACUAUGGAAUUAUCUUUCUGGUUUUAAUCUUGGAUCUAAAUAUGUGGAAGAACCAAAUAUUUUACAAACCUCAUGAAUAUGGUCAAUAUAUUGGUCCUGGACAGAAGAUCUACACAGUGAAGGACUCAGAAAGCUUGAAAGAUCUUAACAGGACUAAGUUAUCUUGGGAAUGGAGAUCCAAUAACACAAACCCGUUGACCAACAGGACCUAUGCCGAAGGAGAUAUGUUCUUGCACAGCAGAUACAUAGGCUCUAGUCUUGAUGUCAAAUGCCUGGCUUUUAUUCCAAGUCUGCUGGCUUUUGCAUUGUUUGGUUUCUUCAUCUGGUUCUUUGGGCGAUUUCAGAAAACCGAUCAAGGCAUGGAGAAUUUAGACAAAUCAUACACAAGAAUGAAAAGAAAGUCACCAUCAGAUGUGGGGAUGACACGAGAAAAUACACAAGUGUUAGUAGAAGAACCAUCAAAUUUGCAAGAACCACAUCUAGUAUCCAUAAAAUCAGACUUAAGUGAAAUUGUUUUUAAUUCUUCUCUCCUCACUUCUGAAAACUUGAAUGCACAACUGAAUGAACAAGAUAGCCCUUUGCAGCCAGUACCAGAGCCCUCUGCCCCUAAGAGUAAUCCUGUGACCUAGAGCCUAAUACCCAGGAAAAUCAGUUUAAGUAAGCAGUUAUUAUAAGAAUUCAGUUUUACCUUUUAUAAGUUAAGAUUUACAUAGUGGUUAGAAUAAGAAACUCAACCUAUACCACAAAGGUGCUCAGCAUGCUUUUUUCUAGGGAUUUUGUUUUCUAUUUGUAUUAUAGUACAUGUGCCUACUGUAUAUCUAACAUUCCUUUAUAGAUUGCUUCCCAAAAUUGCACAAGCUAUUUAUUAAUACAUUACCUUAACUGUACAGUAGUGUAUUAGAUGAUUACAUGCAGGUAUAAAAUUCUACCGUGGUGGUGCCUUGAGACAUUAAACUGUUUUUUAACUGAA